AUGCCGCGCAAGGCGGUUACCGUUUGCAUUUUUCUUGCCCUUGUUUUAUAUUCAUUCAUUUUCCUUUCUCCAGACCCAGCAGCUUUUGAUCGACAGCUUGCCAAGGCUGCCACUUAUGCAUCUUCAGCCCACUCAAAGUCAGCUCUGGCCGUUUUGGAGUCCUCGCCAGAUAAAAAGGUGACGAACUGUCCCGAUAAGCAGACCAAGAUUGACGCAAAGCUUUGGAACUCGAUCAAGAAGAAGACGGAUUCUUUGCUCGACGACAAGUUCACAAUCUUGCUUCAAACCUACAGGCGGCCCGACAUUCUGGGCAGAACACUGGAUGCGAUUCUCGGAGAACAUGUCCCCUCCCUACUCGAAGUCCACAUCAUCUGGAAUGACCCUGAGAUACCCGCCCCCGAGAACUUUCUCUCCAAGCACGGCGUACCUGUUAUCUACCGCCAGACCACCAAGAACAGUCUGAACGAGAAGCUCCGUCCGAAUGAGGCAUACCGCACCAAGGCCGUGCUCCUCCACGACGACGAUGUGUACUACCACCCUCGCGACAUGGAGUUUGUCUUCCAGACAUGGCGAAAGAAAGCGCAGGACCGGGUUGUCGGUGCAUUCGCCCGCAUGCAUGUCCAGAACUCCGAGGGCGUAUGGGAGCUUGGCUUUUCCAGCGAUGCCUACUCCGUCGUCAUGACCGGUCUGGUCUUUGUCCACAUUGCCUUUAUUGAGUAUUACUGGACAGAAGACCCCGUCAUGAAGCAGAUCCGUGAUUUCGUCGAUAACCUCACCAACUGCGAAGAUGUAGCAAUGAACAUGCUCGUCUCGGCCAUCACUUGCCAGCCUCCAUUGCAGGUCAAUGGGCUCAAGAAUCCUUCAAACGAAGCCCCCGCCAUCGCCAUCAGCACCUCCGCGGCGCAUCCCGCGGCACGAAUCGCGUGUAUGAACGAUCUGCCGGUUAUGUUGGGUGGAAUGCCUCUGAUCAACACCACAGAAUCCAUCAAACAUGGACAGUUCGACUGGUGA